AUGCUCUGGGCUGCGGGAUUUGAGCCGGUUCGCAUCACCUUGGCAUGGAUUUUGGCGUUCCUCGGAACCCACCCUGAGGUGAAGCAACUUGUUCAACAAGAGGUCGAGGCACUGGCAACUCGCUUUUGCGCGGACAAGUGGGACAGCAGUUCAUCUGAUGCCAUAUGGGAAGCUAUCCGUUCCAUGAAGUACACUGAGUGUGUCUUGUACGAAACUCUUCGGAUGCGCCCGCCUGCCACUCACGUUUCUUUUGGGAUUAAUCCUCGCCUGUCCUCCUAUCGCGUUGGUGAAGUCGUUGUGCCAGCCGGCUGGCGAAUCAUAUGUGGCUGGACUGGGGUUUUCAAUGACCCGCGCGUCUUUGAAGCUGCGGAGAGUUUUCGUCCCGAGCGAUUCGAGCACGAUUCUUCUCCACUGGGCUUCACUCAAGGGGGAAAAAGCGGAUCCCGGGAUCCCGAGAUCCUCCGUAUCCU